GCCAGAGUGUUCAAUGCGUCUCCAAGUGCGCACGACCAGUCUGCAGCAGCAGCGCGCCGCAGACCGCCUGCCAGGCAUCUGGAUGCUCUGCGUUUAUUUCUGGAGCAGCUGCUUUUUGCACAAUCACCUCCAACAGGUGGAUAAGUCGAGUGGGUAAAAACAUCGGCGGAAAAAACACCCCGCAGCAAAACUGGACGCGUUGCUGAACCAGCUGCAAUCCUCGAAGGAAACUUCGUUCUCGGUUAUUUUUGUCUCCAGGAUUCAGAGCGCGGUGUGCGCCAGGGAACAUGUUUGCUGCCCAAAUUAGACCGAAUGGAAGUCGUGAUCAAGACUAACCGAAUCUGGAUGUACAGUUGGGUGACUGUAAAUUCUGCAAAAAUGAGAGGAGAGAAAACAGAGUAGACUGAAAACCAAGAAAAACACGGACUGGUGCAAGGAAACAACACAUACAAGCAGGGUCUUCAUGCAAACCCACUCUGCAAUUACCCAUCUUCGGGGACGCUUGAUUCAAGUUGAGGUUGUUUUUGAAAGAACAUCUCUUUUAUCAGUCCUCAUGUGCCCUCGGGAUCUCUUCCACAGGAGGAACACACUCCACGAGCGACGUUCCGAUGCCCAACACCCUAAAGGUUAGUUUUUUUUAAUGUAAUAAUACGAUUAAUUUCUGAAUGAUUGUUUUUUGGCUCAAAGAUGUUCCAUUUGCGCAACAGGAGUAGACAGUAAAGAUGAAAAAUGUAAUUUGGCGCCUCCAGGGUCUGUCAGCUUGUCACUGGAGAAGCCCACUAGGAAGUCCUGGUAUAGGGUGCUCUCUCCUUUUCACAACCAUUUAUAUUUAUGCAGUUUCCUGGACCGAUGCCCGCACACAGACACGGGAAUAAAAAUGUCAAAACCUCACCUCUGAGUGUUUACAAGCGCCAUUAAAGACAAAUGGCUCAUGCAGACCUGUUGUCGUUAAUUAGUUUGUGCUGAAAAUUUUAUGAUUGUGUCACUGUCCUUGUAAACACAUGGUAGGAGUCUCUAAACGGGCUGCACUGUCUACAGCACAGCGAUGCUCCGUGUGCCAUCCAGACAAUAAAACUUUGAGAGCAAGAACUGUUGUAAUCAAAGUAUUUUCCAUCUCUCUAUGCAGUGGAAGACUCAUGAAUUAAUGCAGCUAAGAUUUGAGGUGACUAAAUCCUGUAAAGCACUUGUAAAGGUGAAAAGACUGCUUUGAAAAGAUGCCUGUUAAUAUGUUUCAUAUUUCAGUGGAUCACAGUAGAGUUUCCACAAACCUGUGCUGCUGCCUCUGAUUGUUGGUUUAUUUUUAUACUUAAUUGCUUAUGCAUGUUGUGGCGUGGCCAAAAUUAAGCAUCGAAAUUAAGCAAAGUGUAUUUUUAAUUGGAAAAUUUGGUAGCACCUGUGACAGCAAAAGCUUUAGUCAUUCAUACUUUAGAGUAUUCUGUCAGACACAAGCCCUUUUAUAUCCCUCAGAAAAGAAACAUAAAAAGGGUAUAAAGACGAACACUAACUGUAGAGUGUGCGUUUUAAGCUUCUGCAUUGGCACUGUGGUCUGCUGUCUGUUUCUCUCACUGCAUGUAAACACUUUCUCUGCAAAAGCCUGAUUUUUAGCCUGCCUUCCCCAAACUUGAGUUAUACAGCAGCAGCGACUGCAGGGGUCCCCAUGCGGCCAGUUCAGAAGCAUUUUGAUUCAAAGUAAAACCAUUCUGCUAAGGGCUAAAGCAAUAACAAACUAAUGCCCAGGGUCUCAAAUGAGGUGUGAAAAUUUCCUACCAAAGGAGCCCUUGAGUUAGGAAAGUUCUCAGUGGAGUAAAGCUCUCUCUUCAUGAUGUUUUUGAAGUUCUUUUCUUUUGUAGGGGGCAAAUGAGACCGCAUUAGGGAGCAGCAAGAGGCAGCUCGGCCAUAAGCAAAAAUGGCAGGUGACAGAAUCUUGCAACUGCCAACACUGUUGACUUAAUUUCCUCUCACCUUGUGCUCCAAUUGCAAUUCAGCCAUCUUAAAUCCCUGCAGCACAUGACGAUCUGGAAUGGGAGUUGCCAGUUUAAAACUUGAACAUAUUGAUUGUCACAUGCAGGGUGUGAGGUUACCAGGCAACCAGUGGUGACUCCAUGAUGUCACUGACCAUGCCAAGAAACAACAAAGCACAUACACGCCAUUAAACAAGAUCAUGUCAUUCUUACAUUUUUUGCACGAGUUAAGCAAAAGAAGCUUAACAUGAUAGUUAUAGAGAUAUUUUUACCAGUCUUCCAAUCUUCUUGCAGGUUAGCAUUUACAUUUUGGGCUGGUUAUAUUUGCUGUGAGGCUUUAAAUGUGUCUUUAUACAAGGUCAAUCAGUACAGACAAGUUCAUGGAUUUAGAAUAAGUGUUCAUUUUACAGAAAUGUACUGAUAUUGAAUUACUUUACUACUGUCUUCCCCAGCGUUUGUGCAAAGCGAAGCUAUCACCUGCUAGCUUCACACUUACUCUCAAAGGGUGGUGUCCAUCAACUCAUUUGGAUUACAGCAGGAGAGCAAAUGAGCAUGUUUUCCAAAACGCUGAAUAAUUUCAGGGUUUUUUUUCUUACAAAAGAAAAGCAUUUUUUUCUUUAGCUCUUACGUAAUAAUCUGGCUGCUGUGAGUCUCUUAAUCCACUCAUUGUGCAUUGAAUGGACACACAGACAUAUCCUGGGAGGGGGGAAUAAGCGAUACCUGAACCUGUUUUAUGUUAUGUUUAGUAUCGUUUUACCUUUUCCUCUUGCACCUUUUUUUCUUGCUUUGUUAGCCUUCCAUUGGUCAAGAUUCUCAGAGGAGCAUCAGACUUCAGACUGUGUUCAGACGGGGUUAGUUGAAAGAGUUCCUGAAGAACUUGUCUGAGUUUGAGUUUGUGGUUUUUUUACUUAAUUGUGAAGACCUGUUUCUCAUCAAUCUUCUGCUCAGUGUUUUACUAUCGCCGGCUAUUGGUGGAUCUCACCAUACAGGAAAAUAAUAUAAAGGUCUUGACCAUCCCUUUGUUGGCAGAGAACCACACUACAAUGUCGCAUUGUCGCAGUGACGCUUUGAAGUCUUGUCUCUGUGAAGCUGCACUUCCAAAAGUGCAGAAAUUGACAUUUAGCUGUCACUAGGCAACCACUUGGUCAGCUGCCAUCAGUCAUUAGCGAACAUCACUAAUGACAUUAUCUCAAGCUCCAAGUAACUCAAGAUACAAACACCCUCAACUCAUUCAACUUCAAUACUUAGAACCGGAGGCGAUAUUUCUCCUUUUAAACCAGGUAGACCGGCCUCUGCCAGCUUUUCAUCUCUCAUUCUUGUUCUUUUGACAGGAUAAUUAGCAAAACAGCACAAUGGCAUAAAAUUUCCUGUUCAUCAAAAAACUGGUGUGUGAGAAAUGUGAGACGACUGGCACAGGGAGGAAGUUGUCUCAUUUUCUGAAAUCACAAGACACCCGUCUGUAGGAGCUCAAUUGUGAUUUUCAGGAGACAAGGUCAAACAGUGUUGUUCACGUAAAUAUAACCCUGAUACCUAACACUUGGGGAUCCUUGACCAAUGGGACCACAAGGCUAAGGAUCAACUCGAGUGUUUAGAGCCAGGAAGCCAACACAUUUUUGACACUGUUAGUGUUUUGAGUCUUUGUGUAUCUGGUUGAGAUGGAAUAUUGGUGUUUAUAUUUUAUUUUGGGUUGAUUUUAGUUAACUGAUGUCGUUUUGAUCAAUGUUAUCAUUCGGUGGCGGUAGCUCAGGAUGUAGAGCCAUUGUCCAAUAUCUUGAAGGUUGGUGGUUCAAUUCCCCCCAUCCCUAGUCUUUAGUUGUGUCCUUGGGGAAGACACUUAACCCACCUUGCUCCCAGUGUGUGUCCUCCACUGGUGUAUGAUUGUGACUUUUGUGUGGUGGUGGUCGGAGAGGCUGUAGGCAAAAACUGGCAGCCACAUUUCCGUCAGCACCAGGGUGCGACUGUGUUAGGGAAUGAAUGAUGUAUUCAAUGUAAAGCGCUUCGAGGUCACUGAUAAAAAACCGCUAUAAAAUCUGAUGCAUUACUAUAAUCAUUAUUCACCCAUACUGUUAAAGAGCCCUGAUAUAUCACUGAAAGUUUCCCUGGAACUUUUUGAUUAUAAACCUGAGUUUAAGUGGUUGGUGUCUUUUUCAUGCAGAUUUUCUUCCUCCCAUUUUAGCAUUGUUUGAAACUAGAAGCAAAGACUUGACAUGUUAUUACUUUAUGAGUUGCUACAGCUCGGAUGGAAAGAUCACUUAUGAACGGAUAGUGAGAAUUGACCUGUUUCCUCUCACCUCUGUCCCCAAGGCCUCUCUUGUUUUUUUCUGACUCUUGAAAAUAAAUGGCAAGUGUCAUUUUCUUAUCACACCUUCGUCUUCGUCCUUUCUAGUGUGAACUCCACCUGCCUGGCAGCAGCCGUAGCAGUCUUUGCAGGGUGCUGGUAAGCUGAAGCCUGGGGAGAUGUCACAACUGUACUACCGGCGGACUGACAGCUCCUCUUACCGGGACCGCAUUCCUCUGAGAAUUGUGCGGGCCGAGUCAGAGCUGUCGCCUUUGGAGAAAGCUUACCUGGGAGCUGUGGAGAAGGGGGACUAUGCCAGCGUAAAACAGGCCCUGGAGGUAUGUGUUUGUGUGCAUGCAUGGAAGAAUGGGUCAUUGGAUGGAUAUCCAUGAGUGAACACAGCUGUAGAAUUUUUGAAUGGAAAAAUUCAUGGAUGGUACAACCCUGAUCUAAUUAGAAAGAUUAGAAAAUUUGUGGGUAACACCUGCAGCCAUGAUUAUCCUCCCCUCAUUUCCAAUAACAUCUGCGGCCUUUACUCACCCUGACAAGUGUCAGACCUUGAGUAGACACAAAAUAUUGCAACGGACCAGCUGCUCAUGGGGUCUCAUGAUACCUGGGAGGCCAGGCGUAAAAAACUCAUACAGAAAGCUCUUAGCAUUGCAAAUCAGCUACAAAAAACAAAACAAAAUGGGAAACCUCUAAAAAUCAAAAAAUCUGUUAUCUUAAUCAUGUCAUCUUUAUAACCUCGGUCUUUAGGCCCUAUUUUUGUAUUACCCUGCUCUGAUACCCAUGACAGUCUUAAUUUAGUUCAAACGCUCUUAAUUUUCCUGCCUUCGCUAACUCAUGCCAAACAUGUCUGCUAUAGCUGGCCGCUUGACAGAAUCCCUGACAAAUUAUCUGUGCACCUCUAUUGAACUCGAUGGAUUAUUUAAGGGAACAUUUCAAUCAUGCAAAACCAGAGACAUAUUUUCACUUCCUGUAUGACCAAAGUGAGAGCUGUGUGCACAAACUUGACGUCAGACACACUGUAGGCCUCUGCCAGGGUUGCCACUUUUUAUCGACCCUAUUUGUAGUCUUCAUGGACAGGAUCUCAAGGCACAGCUGGGGAGGAGGGUAUCCAGCUCGGAGAGGGUCAGAAUGUCAUCUCUGCCUUUUGCAGAUGAAGUGGUUUUGUUGGCUUCUACAGACUCGGAUCUCCAGCAAGCACCAGGGACAGUUUGCAGCUGAGGCCACGGUUGAUUGCCCUCUCCAGGUGGGGAGUGUGUCUCUACACUGAGUGAGGGGAUUAAAUCUCAGGCUCUUGUUCACAAGUGAGAGUAAAAUGUGAGUUUGACAGACAUAUUUGUGCAGCUGCAGCAGUAAUGUAAGCAUUCCGCUGUGGUGAAAACGGAGACAAGCCUGAAGGCAAAGCUUUCAAUUUGCUGUGGUCACUCUACACUUCAACAUCACCAAUGGUCAUGAGCUGCGGCCAGUGAUUGAAAGAAUGGGAUUGUGGGUACAGUCAGCAGAAAUUAGUUUCUGAAGGGUGGCUGGGCUCAACCUUUGAGAUAAUCUGGAGCUCAGACGAUAGCGAGGAGCACAGAGUAUAGCCUGCUGACACCUGAUAAGCGUAAGACAGUGAGUGAAUCUGUUUUAAGAGCUCCCUGCCCAUCCAUGUGCUAACCUGGACUGUCAAUGCCUGAUGUAGAAAGAGCAGUGUAGCAAAGUUUGCAAAGUGGUUGAGACUUUUCCUUCAAAACUAAGUGUGUAUUUCAUGGCAAACGUGCAUUUUUCCCUUCCAAUCAACAAGUUUCUUUCAAACCACAGACGCACUUGAGACAAACCCCUUACUUUCAAUCACAACCUUCUUUUGUCAGGAAGCAGAGAUCUACUUCAAAAUCAACAUCAACUGCAUCGAUCCCCUCGGCCGCACGGCUCUGCUGAUUGCCAUAGAGAACGAGAACCUGGAAAUCAUUGAACUCCUACUGAGCUUUAACGUCUACGUCGGCGAUGCCUUGCUGCACGCAAUACGCAAGGAGGUGGUGGGAGCUGUGGAGCUGCUGCUGAACCACAAGAAACCCAGUGGAGGCAUGCAGGUGAGGAGUGGGCUUAAGGGGGAUGGAGUUUCAAAUCAAGAGUGCUUUAUUGAGGGAGGAUAUGGUCGCUUCACGGGCAGUGAGCUGCUCAGCAGGCUACAGGAGCAGAAUCUAUUAUGUCUGCUGUUUUCUUCCUCUCAAAUUCAAACACAGUCCUUUUUCUAAAUUUAGUUUUUGAUCUUUUGCAUAUAUAUAUAUAUUAUGUUUCUUAUUAUUUCAGCAUCUCAUUUUAGGAGGUUGAGAAAUGUUACUGUCUUUAACCCUUGUGCCAAUUCUAUUUGAAUAUGAUUUUAUCUUGCUCUGUCACGCACAAACUUGAUCCACAUGCAGUGUUUAUCAUAAAUUAUGUAAUAGGUAUUUUAAUGUCUAACAGUGACCCUCUACAACUCCACAGUGUUUCAGAGCAAGUCAACCAGGCCCAAUUGUCCCUAAAAGAGUGUCCCACCUGCCAAAUUACAGGAGGGAUUUAGGAUGUUGUAGCGCUACGUUGCAGAGUCAGCUGUUUAAAUACUGUUAUUCACCGAGUCUCUCCGAAGCUGCAUGCAGUUGCCUGGAGCCUUUUAUUCCUUCUAAAAUAAUUGACCACGUAUUGUUGGAAACUACAAAAGCUGACACUUCAAAAAGCUGUCUUCAUAAGCCUUUUCUCUGUCUUUCUCAAAAGAAUCAGAAGGAGGUUUACUGACUAAGCUCUUUGUGGGGAAAUAUAUUGUGCAUUUGUCCAAAAAUAGAGUAUUCUCAUGAUUUUUUGUUGUCGUUAAUCUUGGGGUUUCAAAUAGACGGAGAGCUCUAAACUGCUGUUAAGUAAACUUCUUCAAGGCGAAAGGAACUGCUGGUUUAGCGCUUUAAUCACUGUAAUUUAACAACAAACGCUGUCUAAUUAUGCCAGAUUGGUGUGCCUGUGCACUGAUUGCUCUCCACUUAAAGAACAUCUCUUUUCCUUGUUCGCAACACACAGACUGUUGUUUCUGGAGCACACUCAUAAAUUCAUCACAUGCUGACUUGCCCUUUUAAGAGAGAUGUUACUGGGGCUCAUUUGACUUAGAUGACUGCUAAAAAAGAUGAAAAACAAGAUUAUAAAAAAGCCAAAGGAAGAGUAAGUGUAGGAAAAGAGAGAAGCAGACGCAGGGCGCUGGAGAAAGCUCCAGUAUGUCAAAUGGAUGAGGUGCUAUUCAGAUAAAGAGGGCAGAAGUUUCCAGUCUUGUAAACUCUGAGCUGUGACAUCUAUCAGCUGCCACACUUUCCCCGUAUCUGAGUUCCUCCGCCCAACACAUAGAUAGGAUGACAAAACAUAUCUCCACAUUACUUCCACAUUUCUUUGAGAGAAGCUCAUUGAUCAUAUAACAGACUGUCUGGAGAGUGAGCGUCCUAGCUGUUGUCUGUGUCUCCUCUGGGAUUUAUUAAUCAGCAGUUUCAUUUUUAUGUUGUACGGGACUUGUCUGCAUUUGUCUUUCUAUUUUGCAGGCUGUCUGAAUGAUGUGUCGGCAGUAAUCUUGCAAGUGUUGUGGCAUAUUUGUUUUCCUGCUGAGGAGCACAUCUGAUAUCAGGAUUUUAAACAACACCACGUAUUAUCUUCUGACUACAGAUUUGCCUUUGUCAGAGACACAUAAACUGAAGCUCAUGCUUGUUUUAAUUAAAAGUGCCCUCCGGCACUGUUGUCUUUUGUUUUUUCCUUUUGUUUCAGUCUGUUUAUUAUCUCCAUUGUAGUCUUCAUUUUGCCUAAGUGCAGCUUGAAAAGUUGCCUGUUCUGACACAAAGAUAUUGAUGUAGGGAGAAUCCCUUGUUUUUCUUAAUGUAACUUACACAAAGCAGGAUGUUAAAUUAACAUAUCCCCUGAGAUUUUAACUUAUUUUCUGCAGUGUCAUUUACAAACAAAGCAGCUCAGAGUCCCAUUUUAUUCCUGCCUUAUCAGCACAUUUUUAAGAUUUGGGCUGAUUGAUCAAAACAAGCGAGGGGAGCCUUGAAAAGAAUAGCUAAAGCACGCUGUGAUGAUUUAAAACUUCUAACAAAAGUAAUGCUAAAAAGUGAUCUGAUCUUUUAUUUUUAUAACAUAUGUAUUUCACGUACAAAUGGGCAGUGAUUCAGAUAUCCCACUAUUAUGAUAACUUUACAUCUACCUACUCUCCUCCUGCACCAUGUUGGGCACAAGCCAAGCUUGUUUGAUGGAGAUUAUUUGAGGUCUGUCGUCCUCCCACAUGGAGAACAGAGUAUAGAGCUUAUUAGAUUUUCCCCCUCUGUAAAAUACAGCAACCCUCAGAUAUGGCUAUAUGCCGACCUUAGGAGUCUCUGCUCUGCCUGCUCUGGGAGUAAAGAACACGCGUAAUUACAUAAUAAAUGACUUUUCAAUGCACUAUGGAGGAUGCAACACUUUGAAAAAGAUGAAGAAACAAGUCCUCAUCAUAUUAUUUUCCCCAGACAGCAGUGAUAUAACAAAGUUUUACUGAUACUAGUUGUAGACUUACAGCGGAGUACAGCUUCUCUUAAAUUUGUAAUACUUUUUAAAUCAAUCUAAAUUCAUAUUGAGGACGGAUGACAGUAUCAUCUAUACUGACUGGUUGGUUAUUUAAUCACUUGUCUGGUGAUUAAUCUCCAUUUCUAUAAUAGAUGACCAAGUCAUUUCAUUAAAAAAGUGAUGUUCAGAUGACCAAUCUUACUUUCUAUUCUGAUAUCAGCAAAUAAUAUUGCUUAUUCAUUAAAAUUUCUGUUUUUACAUACUGAUAAAUAGCACCAACUAUGGAAAUACCUUGACUCCCCCAAAUGCAGUCAUGAAAUAAAAUAAGAUCUCCUAGUUAACACAAUCCUUAAUUAUAAUAGUUUUGAUUAUCUUUAACUUUUUUAGUGCCACAAUGGGAUCAAAAUUUGAUUUGUCCUAAAAGCUUUUUUCUGAACAUAUUUCAGAAUCAUGCGAAUGUUUUGCUGACACAUUAAACUUGUAUGUACCCACUUUAAAUCAGUAUGUUUAAUGUUGCUGUACUUGUAUGCCUACAGCCUCUUGCUAGCUUACACCCUCAGUCUUCUUAAUUAAGUUUACUUUAAACCUAUAAAUUAAACUGCAAAUUUGGAUUGGAGCACUACCCGGCGUCCCCCAGGGAUCCGUGCUUGGUCCCCUCCUCUUCAUUCUCUACAUGCUCCCCCUUGGCAAAAUCAUCCAUCAUUACGGAUUCCAGUUUUGCCGAUACAUCUCCACCAAAGCCAUCACCAAAACCACCCACUCCACGCUCAGCAACCGUCUCACUGAAAUCAAAAAAAUGGAUGUAAAAAAACUACCUGUAAUUGAACAGUGAAAAAUCAAACAUCAUCAUCAACGAACCCACAUCCCACACCAGCAUGACCCCAAACUUCAGCCUCACCUUCAAUAACUGCACUCUGUCGUCCUCCCCGCACAUCCAGAACCUUGGAGUCAUCUUCGACAACAAACUCAAGUUCAACCGCCAUAUUAACUAUAUCACGAAGACUGCCUUCUUUCACCUCAAAAACAUUGCCUGUCUCCGCCCCUCACUCAACUUCUCCGCUGCCAAAACCCUGAUAUGUGCUUUCAUAACAUCCAGACUAGACUAAUGUAACAGCAUCCUGUACGGCUCAUCAUCCAGAGUCCUCCAUAAACUCCAAUACAUUCUCGAACUGUUGCGUCUGUCCUGUCAUGUAGUGUUAGUGCUAUCAAAAACAGCACCUGGUUUCCUCUGAGAGAUGAGUAUCACCAUAUUUACUGUGUGAACACCUUACCAAUAUAAAGUUUUAGGUUGGGGCCAAACCUUCCCUGCCUUGGUACAAUGAAGGGAAGGUUUCAAUCAAAUAUAUGUGUUUUGAGUUAUCUGGAAAAGGGUCCUCAGUCUCAUUUUUCUCAGCAUCUAUGGUUAUGAAGUGUCAGUACUGAAAGAGGUCUUCCCUUUCAAGCUCCAAGGUUUUUAUAUCUUUCAUAUAAUUUUAAAGCUUUACCAUCAAUCCCAAAGCAGCUUCCCAUUUUACCUCUGUCUGCAUUAGAAUCCUGAAUAGAACUAAUCAUAUUUUUUCCCUCCAAAAAUGUUCUUUACCGUCUGUACUCACUACAACAACAGAGCCAGAUAACAGUCCUUCAAUUAAAAGAAGUAAAGAGGGCUGGCGUGCUCCUGUACAGCCUGUAGCCAAGUAUUUCCUCUGAAUGGACGGGGAAUAGCAUAAGGGCUUAGCUGGAGUGGGUGAUAAGAGGUAUAGGUGGGAUGAGAUUCAUUCCGCUCAUAAUGAUUCUCUCUGACAUGGUUGAAAUACUGAUUUUUUUGUUCUCUUUUUCCUUUUUUUUUCCCCCCAAAGUGUUACUUAACCUUGCACUGAGGGCUUGAUAUGGAUGAGAUGAUGACUAUAACUUUGACCAAGGGCAAAAUUCUUCACCGGGUGUUUGAAGGGUUUCCUCUGCAGCAGAUAUAACAGUUUGUUUAAUCUCCCAGCUCUUUCUUUUUUACCUCAGUACAAAAGAAGAUAGACUCUGAGGUCAAACGGUGUUAAAUCAAGCCAGUAACCUCUGUCACACCUGUUAAACUUGACAGAAAUAAGAGACCCUGAAGCCUGCUAAUUCAUUACAGAUCAUAUAAAGCCAACUCUAAAUGUGCUGCUUUGUGAACCUCCUUAAAUACAGCACAUGUCAUUGAAAUGUCUUUCCUCCGCACUCUCCUUUUAACAGGUUCCUCCUAUCUUACUGGACAAGCAGUUCUCUGACUUCACCCCCGACAUCACUCCCAUCAUCCUGGCUGCACACACCAACAACUAUGAAAUUAUUAAGCUCCUGGUGCAGAAAGGCGUGUCUAUGCCGCAGCCACAUGAGGUUUGUAAAGCAUAUGUGUUUGGUGUGAGCUGGAUUCUGGUUAUCAGCAGUGUGACAGCCUAUUUCUCCAUAAUGUGCAAAGAGUAAGCACAAGUCUUUAUGCAUCUUUGUUAAACUUCAUUAAGCAGUGGGAUUAUAAAAAAUCUAUUUACAACAAAUUUAGGAAAAAUAAUGUGAAACACUUCAAUCAUAGCAGUUAACAAAAUAGAUAUUUAUGUACUUUAUAUGGCCAAAAUCUCUCAAAAUUUGCCUGCUAUCUCUAAGCAACAGACUCUUGCAUCACAGAGCUGAUAGAUAGUGUUUGUGUAUUUUACUGAACAUAAUCAAGCCUUUCUAAACCGUGUCCAUGCUUUGUUUGAUGCUGCAGGUGCGAUGUAACUGUGUGGAGUGUGUGUCCAGUUCAGACGUGGACAGCCUGAGGCACUCACGCUCACGCCUCAAUAUCUACAAAGCGCUGUCAAGUCCCUCGCUUAUCGCACUCUCCAGUGAGGACCCAUUCUUGACAGCGUUCAGGCUCAGCUGGGAGCUACAGGAGCUCAGCAAGGUGAGGGAGGAAAUCCAGAGACCGGUGGAGCUGAAACGUCUAAUUUAAUAGGAUUUUAAAGAAAUGCAAUGUCGGCUGUAUGUGGCAUGGAUUAACCUUUCAUGAUGCCAUCGUCUUACAUCUGGUCUCCUAUCGUAUCAUUAGCCAAGGGUAAAAGUUACUGGUGUAGGGAAGUGUCAUUUAAUGCACAGGGGAGAAAUUCAGCAGGUCGUAGGUUAUGAGGAAUAAUGAUGUGAACUGAAUCCUUUACUGCUGAUGUUCAUAAUGUUACCAGAUCAAACAGAUGUCCACUAUCUUAAUUUUUUUUAUAAGGCUAAGAGGGAAAUUGAAAGAGGAAGCAUCUAAUUCUCUGAAAGGAAAUUGAAAUAUUUACUUAGCAUGUUUUCAAAUCUUGUAUGCAAACAUCAUAUAUCUUGGUGCGUUUGACGUUCCGGGGGGAAAUCUGUUGCAGUUGUCAAGUUCUUUUACACAAAUUUAAACAUGUGUGAGCUUAAUAGUUUGAGACAUGAGAUACAACAAUUCAGAAUAUCAAAUUAGAAGCAACUGAAACCUCAGAGAGAGGAUCCAUCAAGAUAACACGCAUGGAAAGGCUUCAAAAACCCCUUUUAUUGAUGGACUAACUUGCACAAGAUUGUCUUUGAAAUGUGUCUGAGGUGACUUUAUGUUAACCAGCGUUAUUUUUUUCUGUAUGCAUCUAUUUUUAAGGUGGAGAAUGAGUUCAAAUCUGAGUACGAGGAGCUGUCUCAGCAGUGUAAACAGUUUGCAAAGGACCUCCUGGACCAGACCAGAAGCUCCAGAGAGCUGGAGAUGAUCCUGAACUACAGAGACGAUAUCAAUUUAUUAGAGGAGGAGGGUAACAACGACUUGGCGAGACUCAAACUGGCAAUCAAGUACCACCAGAAAGAGGUAAGCAGGAAAACACAAAAGUCAAUGCAGGGAAAUCAAGAUAGAGAAAUAAAAUCAAAAAUUUGUCCUUUAUGUUGUCAGAAAUAACAUUUCUUAUGUCCUAGUUUUCUUUGCUUUUCUCACUUUCUUCUCCAUUUCCUUCUCUAAGUGCUGUAUUGUGUUAAAAUUGUAAGGUUUCAUCACUAAAUGCCUCAGGCAACUUUCACAGUGUGUGUGUGACUAUAGAAAGGCUGCCAGUGCCGGAGUUUUUGCUGCACUCAGCCAAAGUCUUCUCACAGGUGCCGCAGCCAUUCAGAGGAAACUGGAGUAAUGAUGUAAGAUUAGCCUCAGGUUGUUUUUGAUGGUUCCAGAUGCUAUCUUGGCCACGGUUCUAUCUGUUUAUCUGUUUUUAUCUCCCUUUGGUAGCUCUCACAGAUGAUGGAUAGUCAAAUCUUAAAUGCUGUGACUAAAUCCCUGAAGCAGAAACUGGAUUCCAUGAAAAAUAAAAAAAAUCUAACUGGAUGUGUGGAUAUACAGAUACUUUCUAAAAGAAGCAUGUACGGCUGCCCAAAAGCGGCGCAUUAUGUCCUUUGGGAGGACAUGAUUUUUUCAUGCAAACAUGUAGUCCUUUUCUUCUGUAUUUAAAGCAGAAUAUGCAUAUUCAUUAUUGAAAAACAGUAAGGAUGGAUCGAUUAGUUUCAGAGCGUUGUUUCAGUCACCUAUAGCAGAGUUAAUUGGGCUGUUUUUCAGCUCCUGUUUUUAACAAGAAUAGCAUUUUUCUUCUAAUUAAGGUAGCAAGGUUAACACUCCCCCAACAUGUAUUAUGUUUGAGGUAAGAAAUAUGAGCAGUGUUUGAAAUAGCUCAUACAAAAACUGGUGUAAAUAACUUAUGACAAUACUUACUUGGCAGAUCUUUGUUGUAUCUUAAGUGUUAAAAGCUUCGCUCUCUUAACAGAUACAAAACCGUUGCAGAAUACUAUAUAACUAAUGAUUUAGCCUCGUUUUAAUGGAUGCUUACCUUAGGUGUCAUUUUCGAGAUACGGGAUGCUUUAAGGCUUUCUCAGGCAACAGAGGAGGGGUUUUAUAGAUGUUUUAUUGCGGAAUUGUUCUGUUGGCUGUAGAGGUGAGUCAAAAAGAUGGAGAAGCAGACACAAUAACCCAAGGACAGAUACACUCAGCUGUCUGCCACAGCAACCUCUGCAUGACUGUCACAGCAAGUGCACUUCUGCUGCUUUUAUUUCCUCCUUCAUCCAUCCAGCUGUUUAGUAAUCAAAAUGCAGGUUGGCAGACGAACAUGUUGAGCCACAAAAGGGCAAUUGGGAGUCGUGCAAGUGCACAGGUGGACACGAUGAUGGACGGUCUCUUGUCAUCUCUGUCGCUGGCAGUAAAUCUGUCAUCACACUCGCGGUAAACAAACAUCUCCUCCUGCUGUGGGAGCUGACAGCUUCUCCAUGCAUCUCUCCUCCCAGGAGUGUUUUAAUUACUCAAUGAUUUUUCAGUAUGGCCUCCUCCUGCAUAUUAUCAAUGACAGACUUCAAUUGCAUCACAGGUUUGAUGGAGGACAGGGUCUCGUGAUGUGGGGAACAAUCCACCCAGCUGCCCUUUUCAAAUGAUAAACAUCCCAGCUACCAGGAAUGGUCUGUUGUCAUUUUAGUUUAAUAUAUUCCUCUGAAAUACUUGUUCUGUGGGUGUUUCUGCAGAUACACACGUGCAUUUGUGUGUCUCUUGUGCAGAGAUUGUUAUAACAGUUUAAAAAAACAGAAUUUGAUGUGGUAUAGUUUACCUUUUCUUAAAAAACUGAACAUUACUUUGCAGCAUACAUACUUAGCCAGCAUCAUAUGGAAGCUUAUUGCAUUAUUUUAGUUUUUCUGAAGUAAUAAGAAAGUUAUCUCUGAAUUAUAACAAAAAUAUGAUAAAAACUAAAAAUCGUCUCCAUUCUCCUGAUAUGGUGAGAUACUAGUUCAAACAUGUCCCAGCUGUAAAGAUUAAUCCAGUCUCAUUGGUUUGAGUCAUUUGGAGAUAUUUAUGUCUUUAAAAAAGUGAAAAAGAUGGUAUCAUCAACUAUAGUCUGAAGAUUUUGCACAGACACAAGGUUUCGCUGUUUUUCAGGCAUGACUCCUCUGCGAUCUGCAGGACUUGUCAGUGUUUCACCAGGAUCAGCUAAGCUAAUAUGUCAGGCUUCACAGACAUACAGCAAGAUGAUUCACAUAUAUCACAUUCAGGCAGGCUACAUAGUGACUUCAUAGUCAAUUAAGCAGCUGUUGAAAAUGCAAGGUACCCCUGAGGCCUUAUAUCUUAUUUAUUCAACAAAGGAUUUUUCUCCCCCUAUGUGUCAUAAAAACUUAGUUUUUUAUUAAAAUAAAGAAAAAAGAGAAUUUCUUUUCUCGAGUAGAUGCAGCCCACUCUCUUAGUAUCUUAAAUGUUUUAGAUUUAGACUUUUUUUUUUUUAAUCAAGUGAUAUUUCUUUAUUUCUUGAGGCGAUCUACUGGAGAGAGAGUCCUGUUUCUAUUAAAGAAUAAAAUUUUAUUAUCUAUUUCAAAUUGCCGGUAGCAAUGUCUUCAUUGAAAACUCUGCGGUCACUCAAUUUCCUCAUUUUGGUCCCAAGCUCCAAAAGAAAGAACUUGUUUUAUUGUAUCUGCUUUUUUCAUUAUUGUUUUGUGCAGUAAAUACUAAAGAGAAUUAAACAAUCUUGGGGAAAGCACCUGUCGAAAACUAGAUGAUGCACAAGUAUAGCAAUUUAAUUGAAUACUCUAUGAUAAUCUCUUAAUGUACGUUGAGCAGCACUUUGCCACAAGCCUUGAUAUUUUGUAAGAAACAGCAGAAACAUUUUCCAGUGAAAUGUGAAUUGAUUUAGAGAGAGGACACUCCGGGCGUGUGUGCAGCAUCUGAGUAUUUAAGUUGUUUUUGUUUGUUUUACUUUUACCCCAGAAUCCCCUCUUCAGUGGUAAUAGAGGUAGAAAUUGCUGAGUUCACUGCAGAGCAGGCAAUAACAAUUCCUUGUGCAGUCUCCUGUGGAGGGAAAAUGAUAUAUCUGUACAGGGUAAAUGUACUAACACACACACACACACUAAUGCACACAUGCACAGAGGUAUUUACUGGGAUUGCUUUGUGCUUGUGACAGAAGAUCUUUAAGCCAGACAGGGUUUGGCCCCCAUGCGAGGCAUCAUGGGUUAAGUGGACCCUCAGCUGGACUGAAAAGGCUCAUUUGACAUUUUUUUUUGCAGAAUGCUGUUAUUAUUUCAGAGCUUUUUGUCUUCAGUGUGAUCACCACUUAUCUUCAUCAGCAAUUUUGCAGGCAAACACUUAGGCUUUUAUAAUUGGUGUGACAUUCAGUCUGGAUGUGUGAUUUUUUUUUUUUUCCUUUCUUUUUAAUAAUUCUGUCCGUUGGUGAGGGGCUGCAGUGAGUCAUGACAAGCGUGUUUUUGACCUUCAACUCAGCAAACAAAAGGGAAGCUCUCCUCUUUAACCCUCUAUCUGUAAUGUGGUUUGUACGUUUUUGUAUCUACUCUUGCAUCUGUGUGUGUUUUUAAGCUUUGCUGCUGCUGUGCUCCCGGGGUUUAGACAGCCAAUUUAUAAUGGUCUGAAGAGAAAUCUCCACAGGCUUUUCGUCUAGAGAGUGGAGCUAUCAGAGCGGGCUACGCUUUGAUGCAGCAGGGGGCCAAAUCAGAUAAAUAUGAUCAGUAACACAUAAGCAUUAAAGAAGCGAUUAAGCCUCGAGCUCCUGGAGGGUUUUCACACUCCAUUACUCUCAUUUGUACAGAUACACUUGUGAAAGUAUAGGUGAGUUCAUUGAAGAUUCAAAGGCUCUUAAAUAUUGAAAAUUCUCCAAGGCAGCAGGAGAAAACCAUCAAUUUUACCUGCUGUAGUUAGACGUUGCCCCCUUGUGAUUGCCCAUAAAAACUGCAAUUCAAUGUUUGAAGAUGUUUCAUAAUGUCUCCAUUAGAUGGUGAUAGAAUUUCAACAGGAAUGAUUGUGAAGUAGUUAAGGCCUAUUAGCUCUUAGCUGUUACAGUUACACACCGGCACAAACAUCUUUCUUUACAUUUUAAUCUUAUUUAUUGAGUCAAAUUAUGAGUUGAUCGAUGUUCACUGCUUGUACAAAGAAAUAUCAUUAUGUCAUUUUGCUGGUAGACAGUUAAGGUGAAAAAAGAUUUUCUGCUUGUAAUCUGAAUAAGUUUGAUCUGGCACAGUGGUCUCAGAAGGAUGGUGCUAUUUUAUGACCAUUAUAGUCCUUAGUGUAUGUUAAUAAUGAAGAGAUACAGCAUCUGCUGCUCAAUGGUUGAGUUAGUCAUCUCUCAGUUAGACUGUUUUGAUCCCAGGUCUUGUCAUUGUUAUGGGGUUUUGUAUAAUCUGAUCAAGAAUUUGACACAGUAAUUGAAAAUGGGUAAGGAGGCCAAGUAAUAGAAAUGAAUGCAAUUUUUUAUAGUCUGUAGCAAUGCAGGUAGAUUUCAGAUAAGUUGUUUUAAAAAUGAGUGAGAGGGUGAAAACUGCAAAGGAAAAACACUUUGACAUUAAUUGUAAAUUUAUUUAUUCUUCACAUACUCAAUUUACCUCGUCAUACACUAAUGAAGAUGAUCAAAUUGUGUACAAUCUCUGCAUUUUCACUUAAAGCUCCUGUGAGGAGUUUUUUGAUGAAUGAAAUGUAUGAAAUAGACUAAAAUCCAUACUGAAGCGUUUUAAUGCUCUACAAAAGCAAACAAGAUGAUCAGCCAUAAGAUUGAAGAUUCUAUAACCUAUUUUUUAUUGCCUGAAAAGAAGUGUGGGAUAGGUCCAAGCCUUGGCGCUGAAGAAACAGCCAUGUUUUGUACAAUCUCUGACACAGUUGACUGCCCAGGGUCAGCAGGAUGAGAUUUGUUGUAAAUAAGUCACUACUCAAGCAUGUCUUGGACAAGGUGAGCAAACACUGCUUUGUCCACAGGGGACACCAAGAUUGACAUAAUCCAAAACUUCUUCACAGGAGCUUUAAGAAAAACUGUCAAAGAUAGAAAAAAAAAUUGUGAAACCAUCAGUAAGUUUUCAAAAAGCAACAAGUUUCAUGUCUGCUGAUAUUCCAACUUUUACAAUAUAAAAAGAUUCCUAAAAUAACUAGCUUUAUGCUGGAAAGCCCCCCACUUUUCCUCACACACUGAGAAGAAGCACUUUGUUGGUGCUUUUGACAGUGUACUGAGGGGGAUGUGGGGAGAAACUUUCACAACUGUACUCUAGACCUGGAGAAAUCCUUUUUGAGGUAUUUUGAACAAGCCAACCAAGAUAUGACACCUUACUACGGCUAAGUUUUGGAUAAGACUCUGACAGAGGGAAGGUGCUGUAACCCAGUUUGACUCAUGGAACAUUUUCACCUUUCAGGAAAUUCUAAAACAAAAUAAACAGAAUAUUUGGAUUAAAAAAAAUCAGUUUUACAGUUUGAGUGUUUUCGUAUGAAAUCCCUCUUAUCAGGCUGUGAUUAGGUUUUGGAGAGAUAUUUAACAACCAGUGCAUAUUUGUAUGGAUACAUCCUCUAAUUGUAUUGUUAAUGAGCUCAAUUUGCAACAUCAUUAGCAUCACUGCUGGUGCUUCAAAUAUGCUAAUGAAGGGAAAACACCAAGCAGCUUCGGUUUUGUCUUUUUGAAAUAUUUAUAUGGUGUAGCAGCAUAUUAAAAUAAUUACCAUUUUGAACUGACUAAUCAUCCUAAAGCAGAAAUACCUGGAAAUGUGCAAAUUCUCAACAGUUAUAUGUAUCCUCGAGGCGUGUCUUCAGAAAAGCCUUUUCUUGAAGUGAUUUGUUUCCAUAUACUUCAUUGGUAUACAUAUCCUACACACAUGAAUCUGCAUUACACUCAGUGAGGUUAUCCUCUUUUUCUAUAAUUUCAUGCUAUAAUGUGUAACAUUGAAACAGGGCAUAAGCAAAGGGGCUUUUCCACUUUUUUUUUUACUUUGCCAUCAUUAGGAUACAUUGAUAUACAGAUACUAGAUGCUGUAUCAUUGAUAUACAGAUACUAGAUGCUGUAUCAUUGAUUACCUCCAUUAUCUCAAUGCUCUCUCUCUCUCUCUCUCUCUCUCUCUCGCUGUUUUUCUCCAAUCAUCCAUGAAACUCAUUUCCUCCUUUAUUCCCUCUCUGCAUUUCCCUCUCAAGUUUUGUGGCAAUGCUUUAGUUAAAGUAUGGAAAUAUGAGCCAUUUGAGUACAGACCCUGCCACAGAUAGGGAUCUCUGGUUCCCAUGGUAACAAGGCUGCAGAGUUGGUGAAUUGGCACCUAACAGUGCGGGUUGACAAUGUGACUCUGAUCAAGAGGCUAAUGUGCAAAUACAAGAAGUGAAUGUAUUUGUAUAUAUAAGUGUGUGUCUGUGCUGCUAGAUUCAUAUGUAACAUAAUACUUGAGUUUGUUUUUGUUUUUUUUACCUUAGAAAUGUUUCCCAAAUAUGCGCAGAUCAUCCCCAGAUGCUGCUGAUGCUUCAGUGCACUUGGCCGAGGCAGACCCAAGCACAUCUGCAGUUUUGAUAAUGAUAUUUUGGCUUCGCUCAUGCCAAACCAGGACUCACUUACCCAAGGAGCCUGACAUGAACUGACUCAAAAUUUCCUUUGUUAUUCUUUUCACUUUUAAGUCUCAUAAGGUUUUGAUCUCACAGAAACACAAAUCAUCGAAGCAACCAAACAAAGCAAACAAAAUACCUCCCACAUGUUGAUUUGUGUUCAAAAGAUCUUCAUUCAUUCCUGUUGUGGGUAUGAAAUGUUGUCUGCUUUGGAUGAAGUUAAAUGAACUCCGACAUCUUGGGGAAGAGUUUGUGGUUCUUAAAAAAAAACUACUGAUAGUGUAAUUCAGUCAUUUUAAAUUACAGCUCUUAUAAUAUGAUUGAUUAUUCUUACUGACAGUACAGACCUUUCAUCUCCUCCUUUAUUCGUUAAACCUCUCCUCUUCCCUGCUCAGCUUUUGACAGUUGUGGACCAUCACGUCUUAAAAAGCUCAUAAUGCUGUUAUGUCCUCUGUCUUUGCACCUGCACAGAGUGGGCAUUUCUGCUAUCUUAGAAGUUUCCCAAAAUAGAUUUGGAGCCAGAGCCUUCAGUUAUCAUGACCCCUCUCUUUGAGGGUUCACAAGUUCAGACCUGGGGGAGUAGAUGCCCUUUCAACUAUUUAGAGUAAGGUCAGAACUUUCCGUUUUAGUAAAGCUUGUAGUAGCUUUGAACAGAUCCUGGUCAUGCUGCUAUAGAGUGUAACUUCCUGUCAACUUUUAUUGAUAUAAACAUGUAACUAUACUUGACAUUGUGACCAUAAGAAUGCACCAUUAGGUUCUGCUUGAGGGUAUUUUUCCUCAAGAGUGGAUUUAUUUUCGGCCUUUGCAAACAUCAAACAAAGUAUGAUCUCGAUUCGCUCUGUAUGACAUGAGAUGAUAUCUAUGCAUGCAGAAGGUAACUCCUCAGUUUUCAGCCUCAACAGCCUCCAACACUUGUACUCCUAGGUUUGCACACUGAGCUGGAACUUGCUCCAGGUUCCAACUCUAGCAUGUGGUCGCUGAGCUUGUCUCCUCUCUUGAAAUUCAAUGAAUCACCUCAGGCUGAGAUGCUGUCUCCCAGCAGGCUUACAUACUGCAAUGGCUCCCGAAGUCAGUAAAGUUACUCUGAGGCCAUUUUCAUCCAUGUACAUGAAACAGAUGGCAAGAAUAAUUCUCCCUCCUUUUUCUUCUCUCUAAAAGUUUGUAGCCCAACCGAACUGCCAGCAGCUUUUGGCAUCCCGGUGGUACGACGAGUUCCCCGGCUGGAGACGCCGCCACUGGGCAGGGAAGUUCAUCACAUGUGUCUUCAUCGGCCUCCUCUAUCCUCUGUUUGCUCUCUGCUACCUAAUUGCUCCCAAGAGUCGCUACGGCCUCUUCAUCCGCAAGCCCUUCAUCAAGUUUAUCUGCCACACAGCAUCCUACCUGACCUUUCUAUUCCUGCUGCUGCUGGCUUCGCAGCACAUCGUCACCACAGAGCAAGACAGGCAGAAUAGACAGGGCCCUGCACCCACCACUGUGGAGUGGAUGAUCCUGCCCUGGGUGCUGGGUUAGUAGCAUUGAGAAUAACUCUGGUUCUUCGGUCACUGGUAUUUCUCCUGACCCACACCAUGACACACAACAGAUGUACAACUUAACAACAAAUUUGUCUUUGUUUAUGUGUUGUCAUCCUAAAAAGUCAUGUUUUUUUCACCAGUCUAUGACAGUGGACAUCUCUAGUCCUUGUCAAAGUAACUGAACGUAUCUAAAACAGAUUUUGAAAUUAAUGUGAUUUGAGUUCGUCUUGAAUGGAUUUUAGAGAUUAUGCAAACUGUUUUCUUUAAGACUGCACCCAUAGUGACACAUGCAACAGAACUUUAGACUGUGAGUCAUUGUGGGCUUUUUCUCUUUCGUGUUUAUUCACACCAGAGAUGUGGCUUAAAGGAUGCAGUUUGUUAUCGUUAUGUUAAGUCCCCUCAAUGACCUGCAAACAGAAGAGGAACAAACUGGUCAUCCUUUUAACUAACACUGAACACUGCCAAAACCAAAAGUCUUUCAAAUUUACUUUACACUUAAAUUUCUUUCCAUUUUGAGAUAAUACAACAUUAUAUUAUACACAUAAAUGCAUUCAUUUACACCAACAUUCAUCAUUGUCUAAAUGACAUUUUAUAUCAGCCAUUACAGACAUUUACUCCAAGGAAAGGGUAAAAAAAAAUUUAUAUGCUUUAAAUGUAUAUACUACAUACCAUUUUUCAUUUUAUUUUCCUCUUCUACAUCACUCAUGAUUUUCCAGUUUGUUAACUCAGCUAAUUCUGAUUGUUGUUCAUUAAAUAGUUGGAGAAACUGUGUUAGCAAAAGUUUGCACCUAUCUGUAUUGUUUUCUUGAGUACUAUUCACUGGUAAAAAUAGGAUGACCAUACGUCCUCUUUUAUCCGGUCAUGUCCUCUUUUUGGGAAGUCAGAAUAUGGUCACCCUAAGUAAAAGGUCCCACCUGACCACAGCUCCAUACAGGGCUGUUCCCUGUAUCAUACCUGGUCUCACUUUUGGCAAAAUGAACUAUUUUUCUGUAGCAUGUCCUGUUUGAUAACUUUGUUGAGCAAACUGAGAGACUAAUCUUUUGCCUUUAGGAUUUGUGCCAUAUCUUAAGUUCAAACAGCUAAUUUCCAACACUGUUUAUAACACUAAGACAACGGCUGUAGUGCUCAGUUACAUUCUUGCUGUUGUAAGCUAGAAAGUGAUUGAGAGCUAGUGUCACCAUUUGACUGUCACACUCACAUCAAAACCUUGCUAGCUUUUUUGUUAGCUUUGAAGUGCUCGGAUGCUAUCUUUGGCCGUUGACUCAAAAAUCUAUCCUGUCAAAUAUGUAGCUUUACCUUGAAAUGUUUCCUCACGUCAUUCCUGAAUUAUAUAUUUAAUUGCUAAUCAAUUAAAAAGGGAUGAAAUUAUCAAUAAACAAAGGGUAAAACUGUUAAGUGCCAGUCUGCUUGUGAUAAACUAGCACAGUUACAAUGGUUAACGUCACACUUGUUAAAUAUCUGCCAAGCUAUCUUAGACCACAAAUGCGCCCUAAUACACCAUAGCAGAUCUGCAUAAUCUCAGUCUUGUUAAUUGAAUACUGUUAUAUCCUCUAUUGUGAUUUUUAAUCUUCUGCUCUGAUGAGUCAGUCAUGAGAGUUUCAUGCUAAUCAAAGCUUAAAAUACUCCAACACCUACUCACCUAAAAGUCUCGAUGCAGAAAAUGAGAUUAUUUUUGCACAACUCUGGGAGCCUGAAAUAACUCCAACCUAUUUAAAGGGAAACUUGUCAGGCACUGAGACACAACCUUCUGUUGUUGAUUAGUUAAUUCUUUUAUUUCUAGGUUUCAUCUGGGCAGAGAUCAAACAAAUGUGGGACGGUGGAUUUCAAGACUAUGUCCAUGAUUGGUGGAACCUGAUGGACUUUGUCAUGAACUCUCUCUACCUGGCAACCAUCUCCCUGAAGAUUGUGGCCUACACUAAGGUAACCAGCUAUCCAGGAAUAGGCAGAUAUGAUAGACAGGUGUGAAGAGCUUGUUUUCAUUGUAUCUGUCAUCCUUUUUUUGUCAUGUUCAGUACAGUGGCAGUAAACCCAGGAACCAGUGGGAGAUGUGGCACCCAACACUGGUAGCUGAGGCUGUGUUUGCCAUAGCCAAUAUUUUCAGUUCCCUGCGCCUCAUCUCACUUUUCACAGCCAACUCCCAUCUGGGGCCGCUGCAGAUCUCUCUGGGGAGAAUGCUGCUGGACAUCCUGAAGUUCCUCUUCAUCUACUGUCUGGUAAACACAGUGUUGUUCACACAUGCGAAUACUUGCAUGCCAACACCGCAAAGUAAGUGACAAACGGUAUGAGAAAGAAAAACACAGGUUCACUGAAACAAUGCUUCUUUAUCUCAGGUCCUGUUGGCCUUUGCGAAUGGAUUGAACCAGCUGUACUUUUACUAUGAGACAAAGGCUUCAGAUGAGAAAGGAAAAUGCAAAGGCAUCCGCUGUGUGGAGCAGAAUAAUGCCUUCUCUACGUGAGUAAAUGUGAAGACCUCAAGAUGUGUUGUUGACAUAGUUUAAUUUGUAUGGAAAUAAAAGAGGAAUCCUUUGUAUGUUGCUGGUACUGGCUGAAAAAAAGUGUAAAAACGACCACAAGAAAUUGCAUUUCAUAGAAAUACUUUUGUUCACUGACAAAAAGUUAUUAAAUGAAAAAAGAGUGGUAUAUAUAUUUUGGAUUGCAUGAAAGCAAAAAGACACUUGCAAAGUAUUUUAAAAUCACCACCACAGCCUAAAUUUCAGUGUAAUAAAAACCACACAGCUUUAAAAAGGUGCAUAUUUUAGUCUUAAAGUAAAAAGGACAACACAGUAACUGCUAAAUCUCUUUCUUCCAGAUUAUUUGAGACCUUGCAAUCUCUCUUCUGGUCAAUCUUUGGUCUGAUCAGUCUUUAUGUCACCAACGUGGACGCAGAUCACCAGUUCACUGAAUUCGUCGGGGCCACCAUGUUCGGCACUUACAACAUCAUCUCCCUGGUGGUGCUUCUCAACAUGCUCAUAGCCAUGAUGAACAACUCCUAUCAGCACAUUGCUGUAAGUGGGCACACAUCAGACAAUUACAUGGUACAGCACAAAGCAGUGUGUCUGCUGGCAAGCUCCUCGUGUUCUCUGUCCUUCCUUUUUAGGAUCAUGCAGACAUCGAGUGGAAGUUUGCCAGGACGAAGCUCUGGAUGAGCUACUUUGAAGAAGGAGCAACUCUGCCAGCUCCUUUUAACAUCGUUCCCAGCCCUAAAUCAUUCUGGUACCUCAUGUGCUGGAUCAAGAAACAAGUGUGCAAGAGGACGAGAUCUAAGCGACCUGAAACCUUUGGAACUCUUGGAGUAAGUAGGAAACUUAAACAUGGGCUUUAGAGAAACUGGUAGGUGAACUUUGGAAAUAGCAGGUAGGAAAGACUUGAGCUUUCUGAUCUCAUGCCAUGUAGUUCAAUUCAAAUGUCUAUCACAGUGAAGAAAAACUAAAUACCUUUUUUUUGUAUUUUUCCACUUUCCCUGACAUUUGAUGUGAAUAAAGAGGCGAGCAGCAGAAAACCUGAGGAUAAACCACCAGUAUCAGGUAAAUAUAGUCGAUUUUCUCAAGGAGGCUGAAAUUGUUUUCUGCGGCAAAUACAGUGACAGAUGAUACUCUCUGCUCUGUCACUGCCUGUCUUCACCCAUCAACAGAAACCUUUUACUUUGCUUACAGUAGUACUAGCUAUUAUGCUUAGCAGGAUGUUCAUUUCUUUCCUCUGUAGAGACCAAUGUAGCCUGAGAUGUUUUUUUUUUCUUUUGUAAAAAAAUACUAUUCAUUUUUACCGGACAGAUUGAUUGUGACAUGUUGAAAGGUUGUAGUUUCAAUCAUUGUCGGAAAAUGUUGGGUUCAAAGCUCUCCUUUUGCUGAUACAGGAGGUACUGCGAAACUUGGUGAAAAGAUAUGUUGCCGCCAUGAUCAGAGACGCCAAGACAGAGGAAGGCCUGACAGAAGAGAACUUCAAGGUAGGAAUAUUUCCCAAGGAAAUAACACAAUUGCCAGUAUAGUCUGUAUUUGUGACUAACAUUAGAUAACAUUGCAACAUUUAUUUAUCAGGAGUUUAUAGGUUAAAAAACCCCAAAUAGUUUUCUCUUAAAUUUUGUAAUUAAAGUCCAGAGUUUUGGUCUUUCAACCCACAACUAUUUUGGUUGACUCUCAUCCCAGUUAUUCUGUUAUCAGCACUGUUUUUUUCUCCAGCGAACAGCUUUUGUCAGAAGAAAAUCUAAAAAGAAAAAAAGAAAAAGUCACAGAAAGAUAUUGUUUUGCACCAAAUGGCAAACACUUCAAAAUGAGCAAAAAAGUCUGGCAUAUCCAUGAGGUGUCAAAAAAAGCUAAAUCUGAUUGAAGAUGAAAUUGGGUGUUUUUAUUAGUUUAGAUUUUGAUCUGCAGGACUAUCCUUGUAAGAAAUACAAAGUGCUAAAUUAAUAUUUUAUGAAUUACUCCUUAUCCACUUAGCACUGACUGGCUGAGAAGUGAAAUGGUUCCCUCCUGAGUGCUCUGUGCUUACCCAUGGGCUUUAUUGUGAAAUGAAAAGCUUUGGUAAAUGUCUUCCUCUCCUCUUUCAGGAGCUGAAACAGGACAUCUCUAGUUUCCGUUAUGAGGUGAUGGGCAUGGUGAAGACAGGGAAGCCAGCUCUUCAGGGGGCCAAAGCCAGCAGCAGCCCUGCAGAAUCCAGUCUUGCCUACCCCAACUCUUCCCUGAAGGUUUCUCUCAGUCCUCAGAGCAGCCAGCCAAAAAGCAAACUCAACCGCUUCAAGAUGACCACAUCCAUCCUCAAACACUGCAGCUCACCUCGGCCGCCUGAAGCCUCAAACGGCCUCCCUAACGGACUUCUGUCUGUGACCUCUGAUGAGAGUUCAGGAGAAAAGUCAAGUCAGAGGAGAAACUUUCCCAAAGACAUCACAGACUUUGGUUUGUUCCAAAAACGCCACAAAGGGGCAAGUGAAGACACAUCUGGUGCAGGAGAUAUUUCGAGAAACAUGUACUCUUUGUCAGAAGAAGCCGGGGAAUCUGGGGGCUCAGACACAGAGGAGAAGGAGACAGCCAAGGAUGAGGAAGAACUAUCAAAGACAGUAAAGGAGGAAAAGGAUGCACCAAAUGAGGCCAAGACAGAGGAAGACAGGGUUUUAGAGACCAACAAGAGCUUGGCUGGAGGUGAAGAAAAAGAAACAGAGGAAAAGGACAAAGACAGAAACUCAGUAGCUGAUGGAUGUUCGUCAGAGUCACCCAAAGAAGACGCAUAAAUAAGAUGAUACAUGGAUUUAACAACAGGCCAUAAUGUUGGACUAAAGACUGAAAGACUGACAAUCAUUGCUCACUUAACGUGUGGAUGUAAAAGUUUGUUUUACUGGAGUCUGACUUUUCCUGUUUAUCAAAGCUGAUGAUCAGGUUUGAUCUUUGGAGACUCAGGGAGGACUUUGGUUCAAGUCUUUUAAAUGCAGUUGCAUUAGCAGCAGAGAUGCAGCAAAGGUAAACUAAGCUCUGUGUGAGCACUGAUUGUAUUAUAACAUCAUCUUAUCUCAUCCUUUAUAGAGGUUUGGAAAGUAAUUACAUCCUGAAUCAAAGCUGAUCUAAUAAUUUUGUCUGUUUACAUCAUUUCUUUAUCUUUAUCCUACGGUGGCUGGCAAGGGUAAAUGCACUGUAACUCCUGCAAAUAUUGCCAUUUGGAGAAACAUGCUGCUAAAUUAGAACUAUUAAAGAUACAGAUUCUGGUUCUGAAAUAAAGCCAUGGACUCAUGCUUUAAAUGAAAAAAGUAGCUACUUGGCUGACUGAGCUAGCUGGCUAAAAGCAGCUCGACAAAGUAGUAGUAUUUGGAGAUACUUUUGCAAAGCUGUCUGUCCACCAGCAGCUUUUACUGACCCAGUUUUACCAAAAUUCAAUUAUCUCGGGAGGCAGCAAUGCUUUCACCCUCUGUUGGCCACCCUCUUUUUCCAACAUGUACUCUUUAUUUCCAUUGCCCACUUUACUAUAUCAGUCUCUUUCUACCUCUCUGUUUAUCUCCACACUGCUUAUCUCUCUGCAUCCUUAUCUCUCUAUAGAGCAAUAGAUGUGUUCAGUUUUAGACCCCACUCUCUGCCUUACUAUGUCUGUUUCUGCACUUUACACACUUAAACAUACGGUAUCUCGAAGAUGUGUUGGGCUCCGAUCGUGCAGCAGCAACAACUCUGUCAAUGUUUUUCUAUGCAAAAACCUGGGAUUGUGGUUCUCAGCAUUGUGAGGAGGAUUGUGGUUUUGACAGGCGACUAAUUCGUAAUAAACACUCAUGUGAGAUGCAGCAGGAGAACUGUCAGUCAAAUGAUCACGUGGGAUAAAAAAUGAAACACAACCUGACAACCUUUAAAGGCAACAUAUUAUUCAUGUUUUAUCAAUCCUACAGAGAAUUAUGUCUUAUUUUGGACAAAUUUGCUCUUUCUAACUGGUACCUCUAGAUGUAAUGUCAGUUUGGAUGAAUGCUGUUAUAGAGAUAAAACAUAGAUCCACAAUAAAAGAAAUUAAUCACUGCCUUUUUUUCCCCUCUUUUGUUCUAUGGAGAUUGCAUCUAUAAAUCACUGCAUCAUAAUGGAUUGACACGGUGUAACAGUUUUGUGUUUUUAAUAACCGUAUGUUGAGGAUUUUCAACUGAAAUUCAUCUUGUGGAAAAAAAAAAAAGACAUUUUUCCUAUGGCAAGGGAAGAAAUGUAACACUCCCAAUCAGUAAGAGAAGACCUUGAAGUCAUACACUAAUCCUAAGCUUAAUUUUGGGUUGGAGGGGGUAUGUGGCUCAGUUUUAAGAGCUGGCUCUUUCUCGGUCCAAUGGUUUGACCCAAGGUCCCCUGUCAACAUGCCAGACUGACUGAGGUAAUAUGCUGAACCCCAAAUAGUCCAGAUGGCUGUGCCAGCAGUGUAUAAGUGGGAUUAAUUAAUACUGAUUGGCACUUAACAUAUCAGUCUGUGUCUUAACAUAGCUACUGUGAAUGGAUGAAUGUGACAUGUUCAAUCCUUGUGGUGGUUAUUUUUAUUUAUUUAAGAACCAGUCCAUUUACCCAGGGUUUGUGAUAACUGAGCAUGUGCAAAGGCUAUCUGUUUACCGUGAUGUUUACUAGUAUGAUGCCAACAUAAACGAACGAUUUUGCCCUAAUGACUUCAAGCACAAGCAAAAUGUGCCAAAAGUCUUUGUCUUGAUUGAGCUGGUCUGAUCUGGUUGUGUCUAGCAGCUCUAAUUACUGUUAAGGUGUUUUGACCAAUCAGCCAGGUGAUUAGUAAGAAAGCCAGGUAAUAGCGUGUUUCACACAGUACAGUGACACCCAUAAGGAUACUAUAACAUGUCAUGCAUUUGCGUUAACUUCGGAAGUCGGAUGUCGAAGCUGGGAAUGACCCUAGACUGUAUAUACUAUGGACAACUUGGUUCCGCCUUCCACCAGCAUAUCGAUUUGAAGCCGAAAAGCUCUCGGUAGCUAUUUCCACGAAUUUUCUCCAUUUCCUGAAAUCAACAUUGGUGGGUGGGGGGGUUAUAUUCUGUAUAAUGAAUUUCUAAAGUUUGUCCACAACCCCAUGAGCUU